CCUAGGCACUGUUCUAUUUCUGUCAUCCGGUUUGUGUCUGCUGCUGCUGCUGCUGCGUAUAAUCACCUGGCACGUCUAUGGCUGACAUACUGUCCAUCGCUUACUGCCUCCGCUGCACGCAGUGAACAGCGUUACCCGGGAGAGCGUCCUAGGUGUCUGGCACAGAGCAGCGCCCGGCAGGUUGGAAGAAUUAUUGUGAAGAAUAAAUAGUACUUGGACUAUGUCACGUUGUUGUACUAAUCUACUAUGGGAUGUCCGGAAGCGUAUACUUGGAUUGGAUGAACCAGAUGUUGUUCGUAUUAACUAUUUGGGAAGAAGACAGUUUAUUCAGAGACUUAAAUUGGAGGCUUCACUGAAUGUACAUGAUGGCUGUGUAAACUCAAUUUCCUGGAACAAUACAGGGGAAUACAUCUUAUCUGGCUCUGAUGACACUACUUUGGUUAUUUGUAACCCUUACAAUAGAAAAGUGUUGACCAAAAUCCGCUCUGGUCACAGAGCAAAUAUCUUUAGUGCAAAGUUCCUUCCACUUACAAAUGACAAGUGCAUUAUAUCGUGCUCAGGAGAUGGAGUUAUUUACCUCACAAAUAUUGAAAAAGAUGCAGAGACAAAUAGACAGUGCCGAUUUACAUGUCAUUAUGGGACUGCAUAUGAGAUCAUCACUAUACCUAAUGAUCCCUACACAUUUCUGUCAUGCGGUGAAGAUGGCACUAUACGGUGGUUUGAUAUCCGAGUGAAGACGAGCUGUACAAAAGAAGACUGUAAAGAUGAUGUUUUAAUUUAUUGCAGACGUGCUGCUACCUCAAUAGCAGUUUGUCCUCCAGCGCCAUAUUACCUUGCAGUUGGAUGUUCGGAUAGUUCUGUGAGAAUAUAUGAUCGGCGAAUGCUUGCAACAGGAAUCACGAGCAGUCGCGGUACUACAGGAAUGUGUGCACGUUUCGUUCCCUCUCACCUUACAAACAAGUCUUGCCGCGUAACUUCUUUGUGCUACAGUGAAGAUGGGCAAGAAGUCCUUGUGAGCUACUCAUCAGACUACCUAUAUUUAUUUGAUCCAAAAGAUGACAAAGGAAAAGAACUUAAAUUUCCUUCAGUUAAUCAGAGGCGGGAAGAGGUACGAGAACCGCCUCUUAAACGCCUCAGAUUACGAGGAGAUUGGUCAGAUACAGGACCAAGAUCAAGACCUGAAAGUGAACGAGAAAGAGAUGGCGAUCCAGUCACUAAUGCUUCAUUGAUGCAGAGAAUGUCGGAUAUGCUUUCAAGAUGGUUUGAAGAAGCAAGUGAAGUUGCACAAAGCAGUAGAAGAAGAGGAGCAACUCAAAACAGAGGGGGAUCACAGACAGGCCCAUCAGCUCUAGAUACUGCAAACCGCACAGGAUCACAGGCACCUGAUGUUACAGUUCCCACUGUUCAGGAAUUAUGUCCACCUGCUUCAGAGAGUGGAGAAAGUGAGCCAUCUGCUUCCCCUGCUGAGUCUAGGCAUGUGCAGUCAUCAGCUUCAUCAGACAAAGCCAGUUGCCCGUCUGAUUCUACUUCUAUGAUUAGCAAACAGCUUGGAUCCAUGUCACUUGAUGAAGAACGGGAAAGUGCUAAACUCAGUCCAGGAGGUGAGACAAGCGAGCCAGUGUUGCAGUUACACUACAGUACAGAAGGAACCACAACAAGUACAAUAAGACUGGACUUCACAGAUGAAUGGUGUAAUACUGCUUCAAGUUCAGUAGCUGUGAAAGUGGCACCAAGAAAUGAGUCUGCAACUCCUGAACCCACCCUACAAAAUCAAGCUACAGUGCAACCGGAAGCCAACAGUCUGCAAAUGGAUUAUGAUAGCAUAAAGACAGACCCAGAACAGCCAAUUGCAAGUUCAAACAGGGAAGUGCAGCCUGAGACAUCUCAACAUUCGUAUCCCAUAGAAUCAUAUUCUGCAACCGCUGGGCACCAGGAAACAGAAAGUGAUGAUGAUACAGUCAGGUUACCACCACGCGUCCGGUCACAAAACAGAUUAAGUAUCGAGGGUCCAUCAAUAAGUGAUAGAUUAACAAGGAGAUCUGCUGCAGCUCGUAUCCAAGAGCUAUUUAGAAGAAGAAAAGAAAAAAAGGAAUUGGAAGAACUCGAAUUGAAGAAUGUCCGUCAGCCUUCUCCAAAGGUCAUAUUCAAGGGACAUCGCAAUUCACGUACUAUGAUCAAAGAGGCUGGCUUCUGGGGUAAGAACUUUGUCAUGAGCGGUUCUGACUGUGGUCACAUCUUCAUCUGGGAUCGGUACACAACUGAGCAUCUAAUGCUCCUAGAAGCAGACAAUCAUGUUGUAAACUGUCUUCAACCACAUCCAUAUGACCCAAUUUUAGCAUCAUCUGGAAUAGACUACAAUAUCAAGAUAUGGUCACCAUUUGAACAAGAAAGAUCUUUUAACUGGGCCCUUGCUGAAGAGAUUAUUUCACGUAAUGAACUAAUGUUGGAGGAGACUCGAAAUACCAUUACAGUCCCCGCUUCUUUUAUGCUACGAAUGCUGGCUUCACUAAACCAUAUAAGGACAGAUCGUGCAGAACAAAGGGCAGAAGCUCCUGGUCAAAAUAACUCAAAUGAAGAUGAGUGAGCCAGUCCAAAUAAUAAUACUGUAUGGCCAUUAUGUAACUUGUGCCUGAUUUAUAAUAUUACUCUUUAUUGUUAAGUAUAGAUUAAGAAUACACCAAAUAUUGUUUUUUAUAGUUAGCUUUCAAUUUCUUCAAAGCUGUCUCUCUUUGGAUCAUAACUGGAGAAAUAUUCAUAUUCUGUUAUUCUAUAAAACACAUUUUAUAACAAUGGAACGUGAAGAGUUUGCUGGGAUAAAUUAGUCAUAUGAUGCACAUCUAAUCUAAUCAUCCAUUUACUAUGUUAUAGAUAUGUAAAACUUGUAAAAUAAUAUUUUUCUGUUCAUAACUGACUGCUCACAUCAGCUAUAAUUGUUUAUUUUAUUCCCUAGUUGCAUUACUGUCACUGUUAUAUGCAACCCAAACACUACAAUUUUAUGAUCUGGACCAAGAGUUCAACUUGAGAAUGCCACAACAUUUAAUUUGCACCAUUGCAUGCAGAUGGUCCACCCAUUUCAGUCAAGGUGCACAUCUACUUUCUAUAUCUAGGAGGUCUGAAACCGCACUUAGGUUUACAAGGUGGGGAAUUAUUUUAAAAAUUGUCACUGUUCAAAAGUGUGAAAAUCAGAUAUUACCCUUUUAUUUAAUUAAACUUGGUGUGGCCUCAUUUUUGGCGUAUAUUGUCCAUGAGAGUGGGGGAAUUGCCUUUUAUUACUUGUGGCACUUUUGUGUGUUUUAAGCUUUUAUUUUUACUUUGGGCAAACUGUGCCAAGACACAUGCUUCUCCAAAGUUAAAUCAAAUCUACUGUAUAUCUAAUUUCAAUAAGCUCACUCCGCAAUAUGAAAUCUCACUUUUAAACUGCUUGCCUAGUACAAAGUAGAUUGUACAGCUGCACCCAUUUGUGUGGACAAAUCCUCCCAUCAGCUACUGCAAACUAAUUCAUAUCUGCAAAUACUGCCACUUGUAAGAAAUCUAGGCACACAUGCUUAAAUUGAGGCACUCAAUACAGUAUUUUUGUACUGCAUCUUUGCAAUUUUUUAAAUGACUUUGCAGAACAGUAGAAACCUAAAAAUUGUCCAAUGUGAUGAUAAGAAGUAUAAUAUAUGCUUGUGUUCUAGAAAAUGAUGUAUUUAUUUGUGCCAUAUUGGUGGAAUCAAUUGGAAAGUCUUCUCUCCUUGCAAAACAUACAGAAAGUUGAACAAAUAAACAGCAAUUUCAUUAAUUGUGGAUUCAGAUUCACUGAUGAUAAAUGUAAAUAAAACAGAAGAAAACAUGA